AUGCGAUGCGCGAGCAAGGCCGCCGAGAGCGCGUCUGCACGUCUCUGUGCGGACGCCGAAGCAGAAACUACAGCAACUGAUAUCCCAUCGGUUGCUGAAUCGACUCAGCCUGUAUCACCUGGUGAUGCAGGCGCUGGUCAUGAAGACACUCGUGUCUUCACAGAGUACGAGCUCGGUGUCUCGUACUCUCCUGAUACGGAUGACGGAUCCGUAUCGACGGCAAUUGAAUCCAAGCCGCCUGCCAAGCGUGGCAUGGACGAUGCUUUGCGUCGCAGCAUCUUUGGUUCAUCUGAUGAGUCAGAUGAACCAUCGCCGAAGCGAAGGCGCUCGAGGUCGCGAGACUCGGGCGCUAAUAGUGGUGUCGUUUCUCCAAUGGACACCACUUCACAGCGAGGUGCCAGUACUUCUGUCGGCACGUCGCAGGAAGAGCGGGACCGCAAUGUGUUGCGUCUCGCUCCAGAAAAGAAGGCAUGGAUGCCUCCUAAAUCUGUCAUGGAUCACUUGUCGGCGACGACGAGUGAUCGUUAUCGAACACGAUUGUUCGAUUCGUCAAGGAUUCAUCACCUUGACCCCAGCGCGAAAGACUAUCGCGCUGAACAUGAGUUCUUCAUCGAUGCUUUCUUCAGACAUCGAUGGUACAGUGGGAAUCACAAACGUGAUGGUCCCUCACUACUUCGGGCGUGGAACGCCUACAUCCAUAAUCUCGAGGAUGUAGGUCGUGACGCUUGGAACGACAAACUUAUCAAAGCUCGUGAUAAGUUUGAAAAGCGAACCCCGACAGGUGCACGCUACAAGCUGCAUCGUCUGUCAAGGGAGAAAGGAUUACCCUGCCUCUCUUGGGGAGACUUCCCGUGGUGGCGCGUACGUGUCUCUACUGAGAUGUACGAAGGGAUUGACAACCUGAAAUCCCUUUACGACCGUGCCGGGAAGACUUUCUCCGGCGGUCCUUCUGCGGCACAGGAUGUGUCGCGUCGUACUGCUCGACCAGACCCAGUACGUCAACCAUCAAUUGGGAGCGGGGCUCCCAAGAAUCCCAGGACGGGGGAUAGCCGCGCCACCGGACGAGAUAACUCGUCCGACGUCCGUUCACGUCGCGGUGGUUCAACAGCUGCUCAACUAGAUAGCGCUGGCCACCGCGAGAGUCCUCUAAUGGAUGUGGAGGAGGAGGAAAGACGCUCUCCACACGAUCAUGUGGAUCGGUGUGUUCCCGACAGCUUCUUUGAUCGCGUAACGCAAGGGUUACGCGACGAUCUCGAGCAUGAGCGGAAUAGGCGUCUCCAGAUGGUGGACACUGCCUUGAAGCAUCGAGCUGAGUUUGCCUUUGCUCAGCUUGAGAACGAGAGAUCUCUGACAUCUCUUCGUGACGAGCUAAGGGUAGCUCGUGGGAUUGUUGAUCGGUCUCGGGCUGAGAUAACUGCUCUUCAGACCCUUGUUGAUGCCCACCAUCGGGAGCACAAGGCUCUCUGCGAGAUGCUUGAGCGCAAGGGCGUUCUUCAUCGGAAGAAGCAGCGUACUGAUGGUACGGCUUAA